AUGACAACGAUGUUCGUCCAACUGCGCCGUGUGGUGUACCUGUUGGUACUUCUGCAGUGCUGUGUGUGUGUGGCAUAUGCGGAAAGUGAUGUAGCCUCCACCGAUUCUGAGGAAAAGAAUAUUUUACAGCGAAUGAGAGAAUUGACAUCUGAGAUGGAAAAGGGGAAAAGUAAGAAAGAAAGUGCAGCUGCUUUACUGAACAAAGCAAGGGAAGAGUGCAAAACAACAGCUGAACGUGCUCAGAAUGCAGUAAAUAAAGCCCGUGAAGAUGAAAAGGUUAUUAUAGAAGCUGCAGCACCAAAUAUUAUGGGUAUGACUGAAAACGUGAGUGAGAAUCAGGGUAAAUUGAAAGAGUUGUUAAGGAAGGCAAAAGGUACAGUAAGAGAGGCCACUGAAGCUGCUGCCAACGCGAAUUCGAUUGCUACAAAAACAAAUAAUUUGUUGGAAGAAUUUAUGCAAAUGUCAGAGCAACUGAAAACCUUGACAGUACAACUUCAGGGUGCUGCUGAAAAACUCAAACAAAAAGGUGAACCGAGUCACUCAGAGGAAAGCCAAAAAGAAAAGAAAUUGGCUGAAGAGUACAUGAAAAAAGCGAAGGAUGUGGAGUCUUUCCUUGAACGUGUCGAUAGCGACUCAAUUAAUUUGAGAGUAGUGGAGAUGGCCAAGCAACAGGCGGUAGCUGCGUCCGCUGCAGCAGAGGGUCUUCAAAGAAUCAUUAAUAAUAUUUUCCAAGAGUACCCGAACAUAAAAGCAGAACUGGAUCGUGAAAUUCAGGAGACGGCUCAAACGAACAACAAUACGACGAUGACAGGAAGUGAAAGUGAGACAUCACCAAAAGAAAAUAAGGAGUUGAACGGUUUAGGUGACAGCAGCAGCAGUCCUGCAUUGGUGCACAGUCCCUUAUCGCUGAUUCUUGUUCUGAUGUGUGUGCUGGGCUGCACUCUCGUGUGCUGA